AUGGAAGGCGGUAAGCUGGAGGCUAUGCCUCCUGGGUUGGUCCAUCUGGACACUGUAAGGGCCUUGCAUCAGACUGUAGUCUCUCUUCGCACUGCUCUGGAAUUGUCUAAGAGUGAACUAAAGGAAUUGAAAGAAAAGUACAAAGAACAGUCACGGUGUUUAGAACACACCGAUAUUAUAGAGCAGCUAACUAUUGAAAAUCACAUUUUAAGAAGGAAAAUUAUUGAUGGUGAUAGUCCACAAAAUAUUAAUUAUUCAAACAGUCCCAAUGUUGAAGAAUAUAGCGAUGUAUAUAUAAGAACAGCUACUGCUGAGGGUAUAAAAGACAUAGAACUGCCAGAAGAACCCCAAUUUGACAAUAAGCUAGAGGAAAUUAUUGAAGAGACCUCUAUAUCAAAUCAAUCGGAGACAUCUGAAAAUAAGGAAGAGCCAAAAAGUGAAGUAAAAGUAAUAGAUAAAGCAAAUUUUAAAACUAAAUUAGAACUAUUAUCAAAAUUUGAUGUUAAAAUUAAAGUAAUAACUUUAAAAGAAGGUUUGUCUACAACUACCUCUGAAACAGAUUCAACAAUUGAAGAUAAAGUUAAUCCAACUGCUGAUACAGAAUUUGAAGAAAAAAGAGAACAUUUUGAAAAGUUUGAAACUCCUAGUGGUGAUAUAGUGAAUAUUAAGACUGUGUCAAGUGAGAAUAUAAAAAUGGCUGUUCCCAGUGAGGCAGAUAACAAAAAAGAUAAAUUUGAUGUUCAGGUGAAGAUCACUUCAGAGGAUAAUGUUGUUGUUAAAGAGACUACGGAGAAAGCCAAAAGAAAGGAGACUUUUAACUUGGAUGUGGAUACUUUGAGUCUCAGAUCAAUGUCAGAAGGAGAUAACUCAGUGUUCUCAGAAGGGACUACACCAAUGGAGAACAGUGCUCUUGGUGAGAAGCAGGAUCAAGAAAAUAGUGGGAAUGAGUCGGAAGAAGUUGAUGAUAUAGAACUGAUAUUUACCACAGACGAGUCUAAGGAUAUCAGUAAUUUACAGGAGGAUCUCGUCUCGAUACGUGAUUCAGAUCACUGGACCCCCGGUUCAGCGUCAACUCACUCGACCCCAGUGCUAAUAAAAUUCCAUACCCUCGAUCCUGACUUUCAACCUGGCCCAAUGGCAGCCAAUAAGAGCUUUGGCAAUAUCGACCAACUGAGAACGAAGAGAGUCUCUCUGCCAAACGAGAAAGAAUUUAAACAUAAGGGAAGUUUAGAUUUGCCUGGACGCGGUAUUUUAAAAAGUUUUAACAAUAAGUCCGAUAAUAUGUUGUAUAGAAGAAGUCCAAAUGCCAGUACUAGGAGAUUGGACAGCGUGGGCAGUCUCGACCACACAAAGUCCUCCAGCUUUGAAUUAGGCUCCAGUAUGGAUAUACUUCAUCGUGAAGCUAGCGUGGAUAGUGUUCGGUCCAGGUUUGAUAGAUUCUCAGUGUUUGGGGAAACUGAUAUAUCGAAAUGUGGUAUUUCUGAAGAUGAUUUGGCUGCGAAUCUCAAUUCGAGAAGGAACACAUGCCCCAACCCGUAUCAGUACAGAUUACAACCAUCCCGUUUAUCAUCACGCACACCAAAACCAAUUGCUGGACGGGUACGACCCAUCCUUCGUGAAAGUUAUGGUCCGCGCAGAGAGGGCUCCGCUCAAACGGACAUGUCCGCCUUACCACCUCGAUGGACCUCAGAUGGAUAUCUUGCUUAUAAGAUGUCCCCUCCACCCUGUGUUGUGACAACUUUGCCCCAACGAGCCAGUCCCGCCCGUCGUCUCACGAUACCAGAGAAAGCUCCUAUCCAACGCCGUUCUGAUGAAGCAAGGAGGGUUCUACUAAGCGACAUUGGAUUCACAUCAAUGGUACCAGAAUUGUCACGCUCUGCUGAACCAUUGUGGACUCUACGAAGAGCCCAACAAUCUUCAGAUAACAGGUACACCCGUGGUUCGUACCGUUCGCCUAGUGCGAGUGUUGAACGAAGUUCAGAGUGGACUCCGCACCAGCGUCACACUUCACGAGGUGAGUGUAUGUCCUGGCGCGGAUCUCUACCGGAUGUUCGGGAUGACACAGAUACUCUCCUGCGCGAUACUGAGACAUUCCUACGUCGCUCUAUUGACAAUUUGCGCUCUACGUCACUCGAUCUUGACGCACAUUUUGAGAGAACUGGUCAGCCGUACAUCCCCGGUGAGCCGAAGCAAUUGCGCUUGGGGCAUACUGUUAAACUCAUAACUCCGCAAGGCAGAUUGGCUGUAGGCAGAGUCAGAUACGUAGGCAUAGCCGGUGGAACUGCCGCCAACAGCGGCAUUGUUGUAGGCGCUGAAUUCUCCUGUAUGGAGUAUCCGGGACUGCCCCGUAACGACGGUACAUACCGGGGCAGACGAUACUUCCUUACUCCACCUCAAUAUACCGCCGUUUUUGUGCCAUUCUCUAAAAUAGUAAUGGCGUGGGCUAAUUAA